UCCUGGUGGGCGAGUGUGUUGCAGCGCGUCGCAAUGAAGGGGCUCAGCGUUUGCCGGCCGGGCAUUCGCGAACUGCUUGCGCCUUGGCAGUUGCCGCCAUUGGGCCGCCCGGCUGAAGUCCGUCCGGCAUUUAAGCACUAAACUGUUGGCGCGGCGGGUGUUUGGUGUGUCCGGAGGAAUUUGCCGAAACGCGCCACAUUCGCGGCGCCUGCAGCCCUGUGGCCCCGCCGGCUAAGUAUGGGGCGGGCGCGCUUGGCCGGUUUGCUG